GCGUCCACCUAGGGAAAAGUCUCGGAGACGCAGCGUGCUGAAAAUGGAACUGUCUGUGCGUUUCUCAGUGCGCCCGGCGGCUGAAGUGAGGCUAUGCUGAUAUGUCUUAGCAACAGCAUCCUUCCGUCAACGCGUUUUCUUGGGUCUCUUCUCUCUUCGGUUCGGACGCAGAGACCACUGAACAAGAUGAGUUAAAGCAUUCUUUAUCCCUACACUCAAGUCAUCUGUGCACGCCACAAACAGGAGUAAUGGAGAAGAUCACCAUGUAGACAGCAGACUGAGAGAAGCAGAAUGGGAGACUACAUAUGGAGCGGCACCGGACUGCAGCCGUGAGAGCAGCCAUCCUCUGGACCUCAGCUGGGCUUUUUUUAGCAUUCCCUGGAUGGUCUUAUUCCUUUUUUUCCUGAAGCAGAGGGAUUUUUCCUUACAUUUCAGACAGUGGACUGGGUUAUUUUCUCUCCCGUCUCACUUGGUGACCCUGUGAUUUGCGAUUCCUUUCACCGCCGAUCACUCAGAGCCUCCUGCUACGCUCCUGAUUAGAAUUCACUCAGCUUCGAUCUAAGCUCUAAGCAAUACUAGACAUCAUGGGGGACAUGUCGAACAGCGAUUUCUACGCCAAGAACCAAAGAAACGAGGGCAACCAUGACGGCGGCUUCGGCUGCUCGCUCCUGGAGCUGCGCUCCCUCAUGGAGCUGCGGGGCACGGAGGCGGUCGUCAAAAUCCAGGAGGACUAUGGGGGCACUGAGGGACUGUGCAAGCGCCUGAAAACGUCGCCAACAGAGGGUUUGCCUGGAGUUGCAACCGACCUAGACAAGAGAAGAGAAAUCUACGGGCGGAAUCUUAUACCUCCAAAGAAGCCAAAAACAUUCUUACAGUUAGUGUGGGAAGCACUGCAAGAUGUAACCCUUAUUAUCUUAGAAAUCGCAGCAAUGAUCUCCCUGGGGCUCUCCUUUUACCAGCCUCCAGGGGAGGGGAGUGAAUCGUGCGGGACUGCUUCAGCUGGGGUGGAGGAUGAGGGCGAGUCCGAGGCUGGCUGGAUCGAGGGAGCUGCCAUUUUGCUUUCUGUGGUCUGUGUUGUACUUGUCACUGCCUUUAAUGACUGGAGCAAAGAGAAGCAGUUCAGGGGUUUACAAAGCCGCAUUGAGCAGGAGCAGAAAUUCCAAGUCGUCCGCGGUGGCCAGGUCAUACAGCUUCCUGUAGCGGACAUUGUGGUCGGUGACAUUGCACAAGUCAAAUACGGUGACCUACUUCCAGCUGAUGGGGUCUUGAUACAAGGGAACGAUCUGAAGAUUGAUGAAAGUUCCUUAACUGGGGAAUCAGACCAUGUACGCAAAGCAGCAGACAAAGACCCCAUGCUUCUCUCCGGUACUCACGUGAUGGAAGGCUCUGGACGAAUGUUGGUCACUGCAGUAGGAGUCAACUCUCAGACUGGGAUCAUCUUCACACUGCUGGGUGCUGGUGGAGAGGAGGAGGAGAAGAAGGAGAAGAAAGGUGAGGCAGUGGAGGAUGGCCAACAGCCAACAGACUGCUCCCAUCCCUCCUCCCACCCCAUCUCAACUAUAGCUACCGAUGGUGCUGCAGGCGCAAAUGCCCCUGGUAAUGCCAGCCUAGUCAAUGGUAAAAUGCAGGAUGGAAAUAUGGAGAACAACCAGACCAAAGUGAAGAAACAAGAUGGGGCAGCAGCAAUGGAAAUGCAGCCUUUGAAGAGUGCGGAGGGAGGGGACAUGGAUGAAAAGGAGAAGAAAAAAGCGAAUGUUUCCAAGAAGGAGAAAUCUGUUCUUCAAGGCAAACUGACCAAGCUUGCUGUCCAGAUCGGCAAAGCAGGUUUGGUGAUGUCAGCCAUCACGGUCAUUAUCCUGGUGCUGUACUUCGCCAUCGAUAACUUCGUGCUGCAGAAGAGGCAGUGGCUGCCUGAGUGCACGCCAGUCUACAUCCAGUAUUUUGUUAAAUUCUUCAUCAUUGGUGUUACUGUCCUGGUGGUGGCAGUUCCUGAGGGUCUCCCAUUGGCUGUCACCAUCUCCCUGGCCUAUUCUGUGAAGAAAAUGAUGAAGGACAACAACCUGGUGCGCCAUCUGGAUGCCUGUGAAACUAUGGGUAAUGCCACCGCUAUCUGCUCCGAUAAGACUGGCACACUGACGACCAACAGGAUGACCGUGGUGCAGGCCUACAUAGGAGAUGUCCACUAUAAAGAGAUCCCAGACCCCAGCUCCCUACCUCCCAAAACACUGGAUAUCCUGAUCAACGCUAUAUCUAUCAACAGCGCCUAUACCACCAAGAUACUGCCUCCCGACAAGGAAGGUGGUCUCCCAAAGCAGGUGGGCAACAAGACAGAAUGCGGCCUGUUGGGCUUCGUGCUGGACCUGAAGCGCGACUACCAGCCCAUCCGGGAUCAGAUGCCUGAAGAGAAGCUCUACAAGGUGUACACCUUCAACUCUGUGCGGAAGUCCAUGAGCACGGUCAUAAAGCUCCCCGAUGGCAGCUUCAGGAUGUACAGCAAAGGAGCUUCAGAGAUCGUACUGAAGAAGUGCUCCCGUAUCCUGAACGAAACUGGGGAGCCGCGAGUCUUCCGGCCCCGGGACAAGGAUGAGAUGGUGAAGAAGGUGAUCGAACCCAUGGCAUGUGAUGGACUGAGGACCAUCUGUGUGGGGUACCGUGACUUCGCUGCAGACCCUGAGCCAGAGUGGGACAAUGAAAAUGACAUUCUGUCCGACCUGACUGCAAUCUGCGUGGUUGGAAUUGAGGACCCAGUCCGACCAGAGGUGCCCGACGCCAUCCAGAAGUGCCAGCGCGCCGGCAUCACGGUGCGCAUGGUGACCGGGGACAACAUCAACACGGCCCGCGCCAUCGCCAUCAAGUGCGGCAUCAUCCACCCCGGGGAGGACUUCCUGUGCAUCGACGGGAAGGAGUUCAACAGGAGGAUCCGCAACGAGAAGGGAGAGGUCGAACAGGAGCGCAUCGAUAAGGUGUGGCCCAAACUAAGAGUGCUGGCAAGAUCAUCUCCGACUGACAAGCACACUUUAGUCAAAGGGAUCAUUGAUAGCACUCUGGUGGACCAGAGGCAGGUUGUGGCUGUGACUGGGGAUGGAACAAACGAUGGGCCUGCACUGAAGAAAGCAGACGUCGGCUUUGCCAUGGGCAUUGCCGGGACAGAUGUGGCCAAGGAGGCCUCUGACAUCAUCCUGACAGAUGACAACUUCAGCAGCAUUGUGAAGGCUGUGAUGUGGGGACGUAACGUGUAUGACAGCAUCUCCAAGUUCCUGCAGUUUCAGCUCACGGUCAAUGUUGUGGCUGUGAUCGUGGCCUUUACUGGAGCCUGUAUCACACAGGACUCCCCUCUGAAAGCAGUUCAGAUGCUGUGGGUUAACCUGAUCAUGGACACUUUUGCCUCCCUGGCUUUGGCGACUGAACCACCCACAGAGUCCCUGCUGAUGAGGAAACCCUACGGCCGGAACAAACCGCUCAUCUCCAGCACCAUGACCAAGAACAUCCUGGGCCAUGGCGUCUACCAGCUCGUUAUCAUUUUCACCCUGCUCUUCGUGGGUGAGGAGAUUUUCGACAUUGACAGUGGGAGGAACGCCCCCCUCCACUCCCCGCCCUCGGAACACUACACCAUCAUUUUCAACACCUUCGUCAUGAUGCAGCUCUUCAACGAGAUCAACGCGCGCAAGAUCCACGGGGAGAGGAACGUCUUCGAUGGGAUCUUCAGGAAUCCCAUCUUCUGCUCCAUUGUGUUUGGGACCUUUGCUAUUCAGAUUGUGAUUGUGCAGUUUGGGGGGAAGCCCUUUAGCUGUUCUCCUCUGGACCUGGAGAAAUGGAUGUGGUGUGUUUUUCUUGGACUAGGAGAGCUGGUUUGGGGACAGGUGAUAGCAUCAAUUCCUAACAGCAAGUUGAAGUUUCUGAAAGGAGCGGGGCAGCUGACGCAGAAGGACGAGAUGCCCGAGGAGGAGCUGAACGAGGACAACGAGGAGAUCGAUCACGCAGAGAGAGAGUUGAGACGAGGGCAGAUUCUCUGGUUCCGUGGACUCAACAGGAUUCAGACUCAGAUACGUGUUGUGAAUGCAUUCCGUAGCUCUCUCUACGAAGGCUUGGAAAAACCAGAAUCCAGAACCUCCAUUCACAACUUCAUGACUCACCCGGAGUUUAGAAUAGAAGACUCCCAGCCCCACAUCCCUCUCAUUGAUGACACUGAUAUCGAGGAGGACCCAGCACUGAGGAAGAACUCCAGUCAGCCCUCAUCGCCCAACAAGAACAACAACGCCAUCGACAGCGGAAUCAACUUAACCACCGACACCAGUAAGUCCGCUGCUUCCUCCAGCCCUGGCAGCCCUCUACAUAGCUUGGAGACCUCCCUCUAGCCCUAGACCGGGCAAAAAAAACUACACUCUCAAAGUGCAACAAAGCCACCGCACAUGGGAAAUGCGUGUGUCCUGCUGGCUGAACAUUUGUUCUGAACCAUACCUUUUUCAGCAGCGUGUGGAGGCGAGAUUAUGAGAUUGCUGUGGAGGGACAUGGAAAACAGUAUAAAUCAACCACUCCCCUUUCCUAUGAAUACAAUGACUAUAUUAAUAAUAAUUUAAAUAAAAGAGAACAUAACUGCUCCUGCAUGAAUGUACAUUACCCAAGUUUUCAUUUAAUUUGUUUUAAUUUUGUUUGAAUUAUUUGAUUUGAUUUUGGUGGGAAGUGCUGUGGACUGCUAUUUUAAGACAGCUUAUCCGAUUCACUGGUCUGUGAGUUUCUUGUGUGGCAUGAACUUAAUUGUAUAGAUUUAUUUGAUUAAUAAAAUGAAAAGUGUAUUAAGGUUGCAGGACUCGACUUGCACAGUAGAUGAUUUGCACCUGUUGGAAAAGAGGAACCCAUAAAUAAUAGCAUUUAUUAU